UUUGGACUCCCAGUCCCAAGAUGCUUCGCGAUAUCGCUGAGGUUAAAGGUGACACGAAUAUGGCGACGAGCAUGGAGCACGGGGAUGAUUCGGGAGAGAUUGCGGAAACUUUCAAACGACUGGGAGUGACAGAUGUACUGUGUGAAGCAUGCAGCCAGUUAGGAUGGAAGACACCAACAAAGAUCCAAGUAGAAGCUAUUCCAGUUGCACUCCAAGGUCGGGACAUCAUUGGCUUAGCAGAGACAGGAUCUGGAAAAACGGGGGCUUUUGCUUUGCCCAUCCUUCAGGCAUUAUUAGAAACUCCCCAGCGCUUCUUUGCUCUGGUACUUACACCCACCCGGGAGUUAGCCUUUCAGAUUUCCGAACAAUUUGAGGCUCUUGGAUCUUCCAUUGGUGUCCAGAGUACUGUCAUUGUUGGAGGAAUUGACAUGAUGUCGCAAUCUCUGGCCCUAGCCAAGAAGCCCCAUGUAAUUAUUGCUACGCCUGGUCGUCUUAUUGAUCAUCUUGAGAAUACAAAGGGUUUCAAUCUUAGAGCUCUGAAAUACCUAGUUAUGGAUGAAGCUGACCGCAUCCUCAACAUGGACUUUGAAACAGAGGUAGAUAAAAUCCUGAAAGUAAUUCCCAGAGACAGGAAGACAUUUCUCUUUUCUGCUACGAUGACUAAAAAGGUGCAAAAACUUCAGCGUGCAGCCCUUAAAGACCCUAUGAAAUGUGCAGUGUCAUCAAAAUACCAGACAGUUGAAAAACUUCAGCAAUACUAUAUUUUUAUUCCUUCCAAGUUCAAGGAUAGUUAUCUUGUGUACAUUCUGAAUGAACUUGCUGGCAACUCAUUCAUGAUAUUCUGCAAUACAUGCAACAAUACUCAGAGAACGGCACUCUUGCUUCGAAAUUUGGGCUUUACUGCUAUUCCCCUCCAUGGACAGAUGAGCCAGAAUAAACGAUUAGGAUCACUGAACAAGUUCAAAGCUAAAGCACGGUCCAUCUUGUUGGCAACUGAUGUUGCAAGUAGAGGCCUUGACAUCCCUCAUGUUGAUGUAGUGAUAAACUUUGACAUUCCUACCCACUCCAAGGAUUACAUUCAUCGAGUAGGGAGAACAGCUCGAGCUGGACGAUCGGGUAAAUCAAUCACCUUCGUGACACAGUAUGAUGUGGAACUCUUCCAGCGCAUUGAGCACUUGAUUGGUAAAAAGCUGCCAGCCUUUCCCACUCAAGAAGAAGAGGUCAUGAUGUUGACCGAGCGUGUGGCUGAAGCCCAGAGAUUUGCUCGCAUGGAGUUGCGGCAACAAGGAGAAAAGAAGAAACGUCCUCGAGACGAGACAAAUGAGGAUGAUGAUGAUGAUGCAGAAGGAGCGUUGGGAGUCAGGAAUAAAGUUGCUGGAGGAAAAAAAAAGAAAUGGAAAGUUCAGAAAUAAAUAGAUCAGACUUUAUUUCUCCAUAUUUUUAUGCAGUUUGGAAUCCUGGAAUCAUCAGUCCAACAUCAUUAUCAGAAUGACUUUCAAGGACUCAUGAAGAAUAUCUCAGUAAAUUUAGCAGUCCACGUUCAUGGAUAUAACUAGGAAUGACUGUCCUUGCAAACCUGGGAAAUCUUUUAACGUUGGAGGAGUCUUAUUAGUCUCUAGCAGCAGUUGGUAUUCCUCUGAAGAAAGCAGAAGAGAACAGAUUCCAUAUAUUCUUUAUGGACAGUGGAGUUGAGAAUAUGAGUUUCAGUCUGUUGCCACCCAAGUUACAGUUAAUUAUUUUUACAGCCCAUAUUUAUUUAAUAAGAUAAUUUGCAAAAACAUGGGGUGCAGUGGGGGAGAAAAAAGUAAUGUAUUCUAAUAUUCAAGAAGUGUCAGCAAAUAGCAGACUAAUAAGAUUCUUGAAUAUUAAAGGGAAGGACUUGAUAGAGAGAAUUAAAAAAACUGCCAAAUUUUGUGUUUGCUUAUUCACAUAAUUGUGCUAUGGCUGCAACUUCUCAGUUUCCUUUCUCAAUUUAUCUGACAUUCAGCCAUAUUUAUUUGUUUCAGUCUGUUAUGAAUGCAUCUGUGGACUCUGCAGUUUAGUAACCUCACCAUUAACUUUGUAGUAAAGAAGUUCUAUAAACUGAUCAUUUUUUCUGCAGGUCAUUCCUGAGGCAAUUCUGCUUGACAGCCGACACUAAGAGGCACUCUUCUUUUACAUAAGGUCUGUGCCAGAGUGAAUUGUCUACUAAAAUUGAUUGCUCAUAAAGCAAAAAUCCAAAGACACACCCAGGGAUUGGAAUGAGAGCACCGUUGCAAGUUUGCCAUCAUUUUCUGCCUUACAGUUUCCACUGUGAUUCACUUCUUGUAGGUGACUAUUAAAAAAAAAACUUCACCCAAGCAUAUCAGAUAAUGUUUGAUCCAGGACAUUUUAUACUAAGAUUUUGAAACUUAAUUUUUUACAUUUUUGUUGCUAUCACAAAGCUUACAAGAGGGAGAGAGGCCUGUAUAUAGCAAGGAUUUAUAAGUACAUAUGCUAUAGCCUAAUGGGCACUACAUUUCCAAUGGCUGGGAAUAAACAGCCAUUUAUAACUAUAGGAAAAAAUUAUAACAAAGCAAAAUUUGUCCAUUUGCAAUAGAAGUGGUUUCUUAUUUUAUUUUAUAAGUAAUCUAAUAAAUUUUAUUUCAAUUAUUUUAUGAAGAAUUGGUGGUAUCUGCAUUGAUGAAGGAUGGCCAGCUUCGGGAAAUUGAAAUAAAAUUUCUUGAGGGCAAGAAUAUGCUUUGAAUGCCACCACUUAACAGUCUUCUGCAGAAAAAUUGGAUUUUAGAAUCUCAAGCAGUUUUUAUUUCAGUGUAUAAUUUGGGGCAGCUGUUUACAUUCCUCAAAUAAGAAUUCUUUACCCAUCCAUUGAAAAUCAGCCAGGGAUCUAUCUGUAAUUUAUGCUUCCCGUAAUCAGAAACAUUAGACGUUUACCCAUCUUUCAAGAAAAUUUAUUUGUUUAGAAAUUGAUAUAGCCAUCUAGCUUAUACAAGAUAAUCUUAGGCAGUUCACAGUAAUAAAAAAUAAAAACAGAAUAAUUAAACCAACUCAGUGCACCAAAAUGGCUUUUAUAUAUUUAAAAAGUCUGAGUAUACAUUUUCCCUCAACAUUUUAUUUUAUAUUGAUUCUUAUCAAAAGAAAAAGAAAUACAUUUAAUUUCCCUAUAUGUCCUUUAAGUUUCAUUUAAGGCAGAAGUUAUAGACCAUCUUAACUCCAACACAACUGCAAGAGGACAUUGUCUUAGUCUGAUAUGUUUAGCAGAAUUUCUAGCAUAUUAUGACCAGACAGAGGGUAGUUAAAAUAUGUAUAUAUUUUCUCUUUCUUUUGCAAACAUUUGCUGAGAUAUAUGUUGAUGAAAUGCUAUAGACUGGAAUGAUACUUCAAAAUUAAUCCCAGAUGUCUGAAGCAGCAGCGCAAAUUUUGCAAACUACCUUUAAAAUGCUUGGGCAAAUAAAAUACUUUAACCUGGGCUAAAAAGCAUUCCAUGGACAAGACGCUGCUCCCAUAGAGCUUCUAUGAAGUUUCCCAUAGCAAAACUACCCGAAGGACUGAGCAUUUUAAGAGUCACUUGAGCUUUGAAAAUAUUAUCGUUUUAAUUGUAUUUUGACAAGAACAAUACAUGAAGAAAACUAUUCCUUUUUGUAUAACCGGUGUACUUUGACUAGCUGAAUGAAUUUAUUUCUCCCCUUC